AUGCGAGCAGUUCUCACUCGACGGCAACGUUCCUCUCUCUCUCCCCCGGCCCCCCCUCCUAUCUCGCGAUUGCGGAGUCGGCAGCAGCGACGACACCGGAGGAACGACCCGGAGGUAACGGCUACCUCUCUCGCCCGUGGAGUGCUUCCCUUUCCCGCUCUCAUGCGGCAGCGACCCGGAGGCGAUGUCGUCGGUGCAACGAUCUGGCGCGAGCUCGGCGAUGUCAACGGCCUUCUCCGGCGUCCUCUCCACCUUCGGCGGUCUUCUCACCGCCGUGCAGGGGAGGAGGAUGAAGAUCAAGAAAGGAAAGGAAAGAAAAUCAGGAGCUUGCCUACUACCUACCAGGAAGCGGGUGAUGAAGGUGAUGGUGGAGACACGCUCCCAUCGGUGGAUUAA